AUUUCCUGCUUUUGGGCGUGAGGUUGCUUUGUUUUCUGUGCGACGUGUUGUCAAAGUUUAAAACUCUGAGAUGUCAGUAUCGUGACUCCAUCCAUCAAUUAAUCCACCAUGUCGGGAGUCGCUCGCCAUCCAAGUAGACGACGGCGUCCCCCUAAAAUGUUCCUGGUGCCGUCCGAUCUUAAGAUCAUGGAUCACCUGGACGGAACCAUUCGGGUGCCGCGGGGGUGUUUGUGCCAGGAACAAGAGACCCAGGAAAGGAAUGGAAGAGUGGAGGUGUGGGUAAAGGUACUAGAUACUGGUGGCAUGUUCAAGAUCGACAGGCAGAAGCUAAUCGAGAUCCCUGCUGACCAGUCCAACCUAUUGGAGCCUGUGAAGGACCUGGAGGCCCGUCUUAAACUGCACAGCAAGCCCCAUCGGCUGCAGCGAUUGGCUCUCCUCCCUAUGGGGUCUCCCGUCACCGUGGUGAUGAGCCAGGAGUCCCUGGCCGAGGGAGAGUUGAGGUUCAGGGGACCCCUCACCAGAGGCAGCACAGCAGUGUACUUUGGGGUUCAGCUCAAGGGCUGGGCCGCAGGUAAAGGCACCUGUAACGGCUCCUACAAGGGCCAUCAGCUCUUCACCUGCCCUGAGGCCUGCGGCAUCUUUGUCUCGGCCGGCCAGAUCACCACCCGGCGCUCCUCGCGAGAGAUCGACUCCAAAGACUACAACAACCACAAUGGCCCUCUUCCUCCAUCCAACUUCCACAAUGCACCUGGCUCCCAACAACAGCAGCAGGUGAUGGCACCCCCCAGUUCCCACCAUCACCAGCAGCAGCCCGUCAGCAUCCUAUCCCGCACGGCAGAGUCCGUCGUCCAGAGGCCCACGUCCCCCACAGGCCCGCUGCUGCAGCAGGGGCAACGGGUGAUGUUUGCCCAGGAUGAUGUCACUCAGACGGGGAAGGUGGCCUUCUGUGGGCCCCUGCCUGGAAGGACGUCUGGAGGAGUUUAUGUGGGUGUGGUGCUGGACAACCCGGUUGGUAACUGGGACGGCACCUAUAAGAACCAUAAGCUGUGCUCAAUCCCCUCCCCCCAGUUUGGGCACCUGCUCCCGCUCUCCAAAGUCACUCCAGUGGAAUCCAGGAGAGAGAAGUCACCUCCACCCGUAGCCGUGGUCGCCACCAAGCCCGCCCUGAAGCCCCCCUCCCUAGGCUCCUCCAAAGUCGCCCUGGUCCCUGUGCUGCCCCCUUACACCAAACCGGCUCUGAAGCCCGUCACUGCGCCCAAACCUGUCUCGCCCGUCUCCCCUACAUCUGCCUCCUCACCCAACCCCGCACUUCCAUCACCUGUGCUGUCUGUGCCCCCUUACCAGCCCAAGACUGCCCUUCAACCCCCCUCUAAGCAGUCCGGCUCCCCCCCUCCACUACCACCACCAAGCUUCUCUACGUCCUCCUCCGCAGCCUCCAACAACUCCAACUCUAGCAAGCCCCCACCCCCUCCCCCUGCCAGCCUCAAGCCCUCCGUUAAGCCUCUUCCACCUCCCCCCACCACAGCAUCCCCCCCUUAUCAAACCACCAACCACACGGACCAGCAGCAACCACGCGCCUCCAAGCUGGCAUUGACGCCUCCUUACUCAACCAAUAACAACACGGAACAACCAUCGCGUACCUCCAAACCGCCGCCACUGAUGCCAGCUUUCCCGAACAACCACACGGACCACCAACCACCACCACGCACAUCCAAACAUGCACUGACGCCCCUCUACUCGACCAAUCACACAGAUCAACAUCCACGUGGUUCGACCAAUGGGCUCCCGGGCCCUCCAUCACCUCCGAGCCCGGAGGAGGUGGAGUUUGACAUGGAGGCGGAGUCUCCGGGGGCUGCAGAUGGGGCAGUGUUUGACACGGGGACAGGGUUUGGGCUGGAGGUGGGCUCUAUGGUGGAGGUGAACGAGCCCCCACAGUAUGGAGUCAUCCGCUGGAUAGGGCGCAUCAGCGGCAUCCCCGAGCUGGUGGCCGGAGUCGAACUGGACCAGGAGAUUACGGCCGGUACGGACGGCAGCUACCUGAGCGAGCGCUAUUUCCGUUGUCCGGCUAACAAGGGCCUAUUCGUCAAGCUGCGCAGCUGCAGGCGCGACUCCCGAUUCCCCGUCCCUGAGAUGCCAAUCAACCAGGUGGAGCGCUGCAACUCCAUAGCGUUUGCGGAUUGGGGCAGUGAGCGUGUGGAGGAGCACACCGCUCCAGUAAGAGGUCCGGAGGCCCGACAGCACUAUCAGGGCUGGAAGAAGGGCAUCCAGGGACACCUCAACUCAUGCUACCUGGACGCAUCACUCUUCAGUCUGUUCUCGUGCUGUAGUUCGGCGGACUCUGUCCUCUUCUGUCCCCCCGGUCCCCAGGAUGGCCCCCACAGCCGCAACGCCCAAGACCUGCUACGCUGCGAGAUUGUCAACCCCUUACGCAGGAAUGGCUAUGUGUGUGCCAGCAAGACAAUGGCUCUGCGUAAACUCCUGGAGGCCGAAACCACAGAUGCUGGCUUUACCAAUCAAGAGAAAGACCCUGAGGAGUUCCUGAACAAGCUUUUCCAGCUCCUGCGCAUGGAGCCACUCCUGAGGAUCAGGUCUAUGAACCAUCAGCCUCAGCAGUGCCACAUCUACCAGCUCUUCCCUCCCUCCACCACCCCGUCCUCCCCCCUCUCUCCCUUCUCUCCCUCCCUCUCUCCAGCGCCCCUCUCCCCCAUCCCCCUCUCCCCACCCAGCGGCCACAUGAGGGUGGCUAGCGUGCAGGCCCUCCUGGAGGCCUCCUUCAUCCACUCAGGACUCAAGUUUACUGAGGCUCCCUCCUGUUUGCCUCUGCUCAUGCCCAGGUUUGGGAAGGACUUCAAGAUGUUUGAUGCCAUCCUGCCCUCUCUCACCCUGGACAUCACAGACCUGCUGGAUGAGUCUCUGCGGCAGUGUAGUAUCUGCCAGUCUCUGGCUCACUGGGAGUGUGUGCAAUGCUACGAGGAUCAGGACAUCACACCCGGACGCCUCAAACAGUUCUGCCAUACCUGUAACACACAGGUGCACACCCAUAAGAAGCGCAUUUCACACCAGCCGGAGCGAGUCAGGACGCCGCAGUGCCCGUGGGCGGAGACAUGGGAGGGGCUUAACGGCAACAGCAGUAGCAGCAGGGAAUGGGAGGGGCCACUGGGGGGAAGCCGUCAGCGAUUGGAGCUCUUCGCCGUCACCUGUAUCGAGACGAGCCACUACGUCAGCUUCGUACGCUACGGGCCGCAGCCCACCGACUGGCUCUUCUUUGACAGCAUGGCGGACCGAGAAGGUGGGGAGAACGGUUUCAACGUGCCUCAGGUGCGAGCGUGCCCAGAGGUGGGUCGCUACCUCAGCCUAUCAGAAGAGGAGGUGAGGCGUCUUGACCCCGCCUCCCUGAAGGACACUGUCCGAAGACUCCUCUGUGACUCCUACAUGUGCCUUUACCACUGUCCUGAGAUCAGCCUCUACAAGUGAUGCAUUCAAUACACAGACACAGACACAGACACAGACAAUGUGCCAUUACCACGGUCCUGAGAUCAGCCAUACACACACACACACAAUCGGGUGCCUUUACCACUGUUCUAAGAUCAGCCUUUACUUGUGAUGUAUUCAACACACAUACACACACACACACACACACACACCACACACACA